AUGAAGUGCAUUUUUGAAAAAUUGGUAAGGAGCCUGUGCUACAAUGUAAGCAUUGUGGGUGCGGCAAACAGCGGCAAGUCGUCUCUGUACAACUACAUCUUGGAUGAACUAAAUGUUAAUAAUAAAAGAUCAUCAGUUGUAAGUAAUAUAGCAAAUUAUUCCAUUGAAUAUAAUGAAAACGUAGUAAAAAUUGAAAAAAAGAAAUGUGUAUUUAUAGAUACGAUUGGUUUAAAUGAAAUGAUGAUAACAAAAUUGGAGCAAUGGAAAUUAAAAGAGUAUAAUAUAACAUAUGAAAAGAAUAAUAUUGUAAAGAAUUACUAUAACACAAUUAUUAAUAGUGAUUUACUUUUAUUUUGUUUGAAUCCAUUUGACGUAAGAAUCAUUGAUAUAAUAUCUUACAAUAUUAUUCAUGAUAUAUAUAAAGAACAUGCAAACAUUCUUACAGUAGUAUAUAAUGCUCACUGGAAGGAAGGCACAUGCAGAACAAAUGGUAUUGCACACAAUGAUUACACACAUAACGAUAUUUUACGCAACCUAUGUGAUAUAUUCGAAUCUUUUAAAAAUAUAGUAUUUUAUCCAAGUACUUUCAUUACGCAUGAUGAGCAGCAGCAGCAGCAGGGGCGGCAAUUGCAACAGCAACAGCAACAGCAGCUGCAGCUGCAGCGGCAGGAGGAUCUAUUGUUCAUGCUAAGGCACAGGAUAAAAGAAAUUAGCGGAGCCAUCAAAAGAAGCGGAAACUACAUUAGAAGAACAGCUGAACAGGAUGAAGCAACUAGUACACGAGCCACUGAAAGCAAUCCUCAAAGAAACGCGGAUCAAGAUGAUGAAGAGAUGCUCGACUUGAUAGACGAAAGUCUGCGUAUAUUCCAACCAAGCCUUACCAAGGAAACAAAAAACUAUUUCUACAAAUUUGUAAACUUAAAAAAGAAGGAAAAGUUAAACGAUGCAUUAUUUAACAGUUACUUCAGUGAGCACAUUUUGAAAAAGUCGCUAAGAAGGAUUACACAAUCAUCACAACGAGAAGCUAACGAAUGGACCACUGAGAACAAGGAGGAGGAAAAUGUGCAUAAAAAUAACAUUGAAAACGGUGAGCAUCGCAUGAACAAGUCAGGAAAAAUGUGGCAAGCGGAUGACAGUAUCGCAUUUAACAACUUGAAGAAGGAGGAUGGCAAUCGUACUGCUUAUGAUGAAGAACCAAACGAUUACUUCUACUUUUUGAAAAAAAUGCAAAGUAACAAAUUCGAAGAAAGGAAAAAAAUGAUCGGGAAAUUAAAAAACAAGAGGAUUCAAAUUUUGAAAAAUAUUAUUAAUAGAGACGAAAAUGCCAAUCCCUAUGAUUUGAUAAAUUUGAGUGAGAGGUACAUAUUUGAUAGUGAAAAUGGUGCAGGUGUUGAGCAAAAUGAAGACGAGGCAAGCAGGGGGAACGGUAACCACAGAAAUGAAACCCCCAGAGCAAACGAGGGUUAUAUGAACCACAGUCAUGUAGAUAAUACGGAUCGUAUGAGACAAGACCAUGCGGAUAAUGCGGAUAAUGCAGAUAAUGCGGAUCGUACGAAGAACGACCAUACGGAUAACAGGAAUGGGAUCAUUCCCCCCAUUGUUGAACUAAACAACGAAAUGAACAGCGACAAAGGAAGAAAGAGACUGAGCAGUCGUAGUAGCACCCCAAAUAACGAAAUAAACAUAUGCGUUUUAGGAGAACAGAACUGCGGAAAAACGACCCUAGUCGAAUCUAUUUUAAAGGAAAAUAUAAUAAACGAAAAAGAUGUGUAUGCAUUAUUUGGAAGAAGGAAAUACAUCAAUAAUGAUAUGUGUAUAAAUUAUAAAGAUAAACAAAUACAAAUAUUAGAUAGUUGUAGCUUAAAGAAGCAGCACAAAUUUAUUAAUGAAGACAUGUAUCAUAAUGAAAAUAAUAGAGUAUAUAAUAACAUAAGGAAAAGUAGUAUUUGUAUAUAUAUAAAAGAAGCAAAAAAUAAUUCCAUACAAUUGCAUAAAGAAGAUAAGAAGAUGAUAUUUUAUUUAUUGAAAGAAAAAAAAAAUAUACUCUUUUUAAUAAGCAAAGCAGAUUUAAUUAUAACAGAUUUUGAAAAGAAGAAAUGCGAAUUUUUAAAAAUAUUCCAAGCUGCUUUUAAUGAUAUUCCUGUUAUGUUCAUAAAUACAAAUAACACUUAUCAUAUUCAAUCGUUAUUACAUAAAGUUGUACACAUACAUAACAGGAAUAAUAGUACUAUAUCUACUAGUACAUUAAAUUUAUUUCUUACACAGUUUUUAAAAUUAUUUCCAAUUCCAUGGAAGAAUAAAAAGAAAUGCCAUUUUAAAUUUAUAAAACAAAUUAGGACUAACCCUGUUACUUUCCUUAUCUUUACCAAUUUGUAUAAACAGAUACCUAAUAAUUAUUUAUCCUUUUUUAAGAAAAAAUUAAAGCACGAAUUUGAUUUAAAAUAUGUUAACAUUCAAUUUGUUUUUAAGACUACAUGUGAAAACAGACAUGUUAGGAAAAAUCAGCGCGUAUGA